CUAGCAGGAGGACGUCUUUCAAAACGAAUUCCGCACUACAUCCAUCACUGCAUUGCUUUGUAAAGUUUUUCACCUAAGUUUUCGAAGCCGCUGUAAAGAUUUGUGUUUUCUUUCAUUAGUGAUUUAACUUAAUGGUGUGGUGGUCGAAAUAAAAUGUUCACAGUUGACCCCACCUUACUUUCUGCAACAUCCGAAGAACGAAACGCUAGUCCCUCAAAUAGCCAAUUCCACGAGCAAAAGCUAGUGGAGAAGUAUUGCCGGCAGACGCAGCUGCUGAAGCUGAUCGAGGGCUCUGCAGGUAAGUUUGUGGAGAACUAUAGAAACCACCGCCGGCCCGAGGACCUGCUGGCGCCGGUCCAGGUAAGUCUGGACUUCAACUACCGAGAGCUGCUCCGCCAGGCGCCCAAACUCCUCGACCUGGUCGUUGAGGAGCCCCUGCAGUUCGCCGAAGCUGUUAAAUACACCGUCUAUGGCCUAGUUAGGGACCAUCUGAAGACCGCCGGGCUGAAACCCAUCGAUAUAUCCCAGCUGCACGCCCACUGGCGGCUGGUCGGGCUGCCGUACACCCCGGGCCUGCAGUUCGAGCCGCGGGAGAACUGCCUGCGGCUCGGACUGACCCAGGUGCAGGGCAUCCUGUCGGCCUACACCCCACCGGAGAACCUGGUCCUCCAAUCGAUUUGGUACUGCGGCAGCGGCUGUAUGCGAAAUGCGAUACAGACCAGCUCCACGGAUGCUCCUUUGUGUUCGGGCUGUUCACGGCCUAUGUCUGAAUACCAAAAGUUGAGAGUAACGGAGCAAUAUCAUAUUUUGGCCAUCUUGCCAGGCUGCGCAAUCGAGACGCCAACGACCACUGGUUGUCUUUAUCGUCCCAAGCUAGUACGUUUGAGAGCACACACAUACGACUGCGCUUUGAAGUUGGGAGCUAGCUACUUGAUAACAGGUUAUUUUACGGGAUCUUCAACCAACUAUCAUAUCGAAGCAUGCCAUCUAAGAGGCAACUAG